AUGAGCGUCACGCCCAACUUUGCGGCGCAUGCUGGCCGCGACCAUGGCACAACACUACACCUGCCGCACCAAGACUCUGAGCCUGGAAGCUCCAAGGAAGGAAUCUCUGACUUGGAGGAGAGCAGAGAAGAAAAAGUUCAAACACUGGCCCGGCAGUUUUCGGGAAAAAGCACGGGUUCCACCAAUGGCUUGAAUCCCUUUGCUGCCGAGCCAGGGUCUCGUCUCGAUCCCAACGGCGAGAAUUUCGAAGCCCGCGCAUGGUGCAGGGCCAUGCUCCAGAUGCACACCUCGGACGGGCAGGCACACCCUCUCCGUACCGCGGGCGUUGCCUUUAGCAACCUCAAUGCCUACGGCUUCGGCUCCGACACGGACUACCAAAAGACGGUCGGCAAUGUGUGGCUAGAGGCUGUCGGGCUGGCCAAAAAGGCCUUGGGCCAGCGCCAGCGCCGCAUCGACAUUCUCCAGAACCUGGACGGAGUGGUGGAGGCUGGCGAGAUGCUCGUCGUGCUUGGACCGCCGGGAUCGGGGUGUUCGACCUUUCUCAAGACGAUUGCGGGAGAGACACACGGCUUCUACGUGGACAAGAACUCGAGCGUCAACUACCAAGGUAUAAGCGCACAGCAAAUGGCAAAGGAGUUUCGAGGCGAAGCCAUCUACACGGCCGAAGUCGACGUGCACUUCCCCAAGCUCACCGUGGGCGACACGCUCUUCUUUGCCGCCCGGGCGCGCGUCCCACGCCACAUCCCCGGGGGCGCGACGGUCAACGAGUACGCGGCGCACACGCGCGACGUCAUCAUGGCCAGCCUGGGCAUCAGCCACACGCGCAACACCAUUGUCGGCAACGACUUUGUGCGCGGCGUGUCGGGCGGCGAGCGCAAGCGCGUCACCAUUGCCGAGGCCUGCCUGACGUCGGCGCCGCUGCAGUGCUGGGACAAUUCGACGCGCGGCCUCGACAGCGCCAACGCCGUCGAGUUUUGCAAGACGCUGCGCAUGCAGGCGGAUAUCUACGACACGACGGCCUGCGUCGCCAUCUACCAGGCGCCCCAGGCCGCGUACGACUGCUUCGACAAGGUGCUCGUGCUGUACGAGGGCUGGCAGAUUUACUUUGGCCCGACAAAGGCCGCCAAGACGUACUUUACCGACAUGGGCUUUGUGUGUCCGGACCGCCAGACCGACGCCGACUUCCUCACCUCCAUGACCAGCGACCUGGAGCGCCUGGUGCAGCCGGGAUGGGGGAACCGCGUGCCGCGGACGGCGGUCGAGUUUGCCGCCCGGUGGAAGGCUUCCAAGGAGCGAGCACGGCUUCUCGACGACAUUGCGGCCUACAAUGCCACGUAUCCAGUGGGCGGGCCGCAUCUCGACAAGUUCAAGGAGUCGCGGAGAGCCCAGCAAGCCAAGGUCCAGCGUGUCACGUCGCCUUUUACGCUUUCCUACAAGCAGCAGGUGGAAUUGUGCCUGUGGCGCAGCUUCAAGAGGUUGAAGGCCGAUCCCAGCAUCACCAUUUCCUCCUUGUUUGGUAAUUCAGUCAUGGCCCUCGUCAUUGCUAGCGUCUUUUACAAUCUCAAGCCCGACACCAGUAGCUUUUACCAGCGCUGCGCCCUCCUCUUCUUUGCGGUCCUCAUCAACGCCCUCGGUUCUGGUCUCGAAAUGCUGACUCUCUACGCACAACGCUCCAUUGUAGAGAAGCACUCUCGAUAUGCCCUCUACCAUCCCUCGGCUGAAGCUUUUGCAUCCAUGCUGAUGGAUCUACCCUACAAGGUCCUCAAUACCAUCUUCUUCAACACCGUCUUGUAUUUCAUGACCAACCUGCGACGAGACGCAGGUUCAUUCUUCUUCUUUGUCUUUGCAUCUUUCAUACUCACCCUCACAAUGUCGUCCUUUUUCCGAUCCAUUGCAUCGCUGUCUCGGACUCUUGUUGAAGCAUUGGCUCCUUCGGCUGUCAUGAUCCUCGGGCUUGCCAUGUAUGCUGGUUUUGCCAUACCGGUCAGUUAUAUGCGUGGAUGGGCGCGAUGGAUCGGAUACAUCAAUCCCAUCAGCUACGGCUUUGAAUCUUUGAUGAUCAACGAGUUUCACAACCGCGACUUUCCCUGCGUCAACUAUGUGCCCGCGGGCCCAAGGUACGCCCAAGUCGGGGCUUCCAACACGGUCUGCUCCACGGUUGGAUCGAUUCCCGGAAAUGCCUACGUGCGUGGUGACGACUACAUGGAGUCGGCGUACCACUACCAUGCGGAAUACAAAUGGAGAAACAUUGGCAUCAUCUUUGCAUUCAUGGUUAUUCUCACAAGUGUCUAUCUCAUUGCCACCGAAUUUGUCACCGAGAAAAAGUCCAAAGGCGAGAUCCUCGUCUUUCGCCGCGGCCGUGGACCCUUGGCUCGGAGCAAGCAGGAUCUGGAAAAUGGCAGUGACCGCAGCAUCACCGUGGAGAAGCCUCGAUCCGACGACACUGCCAUGAUUGCCCACCAAACCGCCAUCUUUCACUGGAACAAUGUCUGCUUUGACAUCAAAAUCGGCAAGGAGAAUCGCCGGAUCCUGGACCACGUCGACGGCUGGGUGAAGCCUGGCACCUUGACCGCCCUGAUGGGUGUCUCUGGCGCUGGCAAAACCACGCUGCUGGAUGUCCUGGCCAGUCGCACAACCAUUGGCGUCAUCACCGGCGAGAUGCUCGUCGACGGGGAGCUGCGCAACUCCUCCUUUCAGCGCAAGACUGGCUAUGCCCAGCAGCAGGAUUUGCAUCUGAGCACUGCGACCGUCCGCGAAGCCCUCACGUUUUCCGCGCUUCUGCGCCAGCCAGCCCACAUCCCCCGACAGGAAAAGAUUGACUACGUCACCGAGGUCAUCAAGCUCCUCGACAUGACCGAGUUUGCGGAUGCCGCCGUCGGCGUGCCCGGCGAAGGCCUCAACGUGGAGCAGCGCAAGCGUCUGACCAUUGGCGUCGAGCUCGCCGCCAAGCCCGAGCUGCUCCUGUUCCUCGACGAGCCAACCUCGGGGCUUGACUCGCAAACCUCGUGGGCCAUUCUCGAUCUGCUCGACAAGCUCAAGCGAAACGGCCAGGCCAUCCUGUGCACCAUUCACCAGCCCUCGGCCAUGUUGUUUCAGCGCUUUGAUCGCCUGCUGCUCCUCAAGAGCGGCGGCCAGACCGUCUACUACGGAGACGUGGGACGGAACUCGCAGACACUGAUUGACUACUUUGUCCGCAAUGGAGGACACCCUUGCCCGCCGGCGGCCAAUCCCGCGGAAUGGAUGCUGGAUGUGAUUGGAGCUGCGCCGGGAUCCCACACGGACAUUGACUGGUUCAGCGUUUGGCGCAAUUCUGCCGAGUAUCACCACGUCCAACAACAUCUCGCGCAGCUGAAAGCAGAACGGCCCCAACUGGCCCAUGCCCACAAGGAUGAAUCAGAGUCAAAGUCGCCCGAGGACGAGACCAUGUAUCAGGAGUUUGCUGUUCCUUUUCUCUCGCAGCUCCGAGAAGUCCAGCUCCGCGUCUUUCAGCAAAUCUGGCGCUCUCCUACAUACAUUUACUCCAAGGUGGCUCUCUGCGUUGCUUCGGCCCUCUUCAUCGGCUUCUCCUUGUACAAAACGCCCAACACUCAACAGGGUCUUCAAAACCAAAUGUUUUCCAUCUUUAUGCUUCUGACACUCUUUGGCCAAUUCAUCCAGCAAAUCAUGCCGCACUUUGUCUCGCAGCGCAACCUGUACGAGGCCCGCGAGCGUCCCUCCAAAGCCUACUCUUGGAGCGUCUUCAUGAUUUCCAACAUUGUCGUCGAGCUCCCCUGGAACACGGUCGUGUCUUUCCUCCUCUUUGCCUGCUGGUACUACCCCAUUGGCCUGUACCGCAACGCCGAGCCCACCGACUCGGUCGUCCUUCGCGGGGCCCAAAUGUGGCUGUUUGUCUGGAGCUUCCUCCUCUUUUCUUCCACCUUUUCGCACUUUAUGAUUGCCGCCUUUGACUCGGCCGAGAAUGCAGGCAACACGGGCAACAUGCUAUUCAUGCUCUGUCUCUUAUUCUGCGGCGUUCUCGCCACUCCCGCCCAGUUUCCGCGUUUCUGGAUCUUCAUGUACCGCGUCUCGCCAUUCACCUACAUUGUCAGCGGCCUUUUGUCUGCUGGCAUAGCCAACACCAAAGUUCAAUGCGCGACAAAUGAGUAUUUGCGCUUUGAUCCGUUCAAUGGCACCUGUGGCGAGUACAUGAAGCCCUACAUGAGUAUGGCGGGAGGCUAUGUGAAAGACCCCUCGGCGGUCGAGGCGUGCGAGUUUUGUCCCAUUCAGGACACGAAUGUGUUCCUUACCUCGGUCUCGUCUGAUUAUUCACAGAUUUGGCGCAACUUUGGUAUCAUUUGGGCAUUCAUCGUUUUUAAUAUCUUUGCUGCGUGUGGCUUGUACUGGUGGGUGCGUGUCCCCAAGGCUCCUAAUAAGAAGAAGGUGGACUAG